UCCGCCCCGCCCGGCCGUCGCCGGCCUGGAGCCGCCUCGAGGGCUUGCGCGACCCUCGCCGCGGCGCCGUGCUCCUCCGCCGCCUGUCGCCAUGGACGUGUACCCCUCGCACAGGCUGGGGCUGCCCUGCGCCCGGUCCCCCGGCGGCUCUGGCCGCGGGUCGCCUUCCGUCAGCUGCGGCCGACUCCGCCAGGUUCAGAGCAUCCUGAACCAGAGCAGCAAGUCGCGACCUGACGGGAUCCUUUGCAUUCUAGGAAUUGAUAGCAGGUACAAUGAAGGCUGCAGAGAGCUGGCAAAUUAUCUUCUGUUUGGUUUAUAUAAUCAGAAUACCAGUGAUUUUGAGAAAACAGGAUUUUCUGAAGAAAUUCUGGAUGAUGUAAUUAUGUUGAUUAAAUCAGAUAGUGUCCAUCUGUACUGUAAUCCUGUCAACUAUUGCCAUCUGUUACCGUAUGUGGCACACUGGAGAAAUCUACAUUUCCACUGCAUGACUGAAAAUGAGUAUGAAGAUGAGGAAGCUGCAGAAGAGUUUAAAAUUUCGAGCUUUGUGGAUAUGGUUAGAGACUGUAGUAAAAUUGGCAUUCCUUACAGCUCCCAAGGUCACUUGCAGAUAUUUGAUAUGUUUGUGGUAGAGAAAUGGCCAAUUGUACAGGCCUUCGCACUUGAGGGCAUUGGAGGAGAUGGAUUUUUUACCAUGAAAUAUGAGCUGCAGGAUGUGAGUUUGAAUCUAUGGAAUGUCUACAGCAAGAUGGAUCCUAUGUCACUCGAGAACUUGCUUUCAGAAGAUUUGGUGGCUUUUGAACAUCAGUGGACUAACUUCUUUGCUAAUUUUGACACAGAAAUUCCUUUCCUACUGGAACUUUCAGAAUCACAAGCUGGUGAGCCAUUCAGAAGUUACUUCAGUCAUGGAAUGAUCUCCAGCCAUAUAACUGAAAACAGCCCUAAUAGGCAGCCAUUUGUUCUCUUUGGUAAUCACUCCACGCGAGAAAACCUGAAUGCUGGCAACUUUAACUUCCCUUCUGAAGGUCAUCUGGUACGCAGCACUGGUCCUGGUGGGAGCUUUGCCAAACACAUGGUAGCACAGUGUAUCUCACCAAAGGGACCUCUUGCAUGUUCAAGAACAUACUUUUUUGGAGCUACUCAUGUUCCUUACUUAGGUGAUGAUGACAGACUGUCCAAGAAUAACAAGCUGCCCAAGAAAACUGAACAAAUUAGGCUCUUGUCCCAGAUAUAUGCUGCUGUUAUUGAGGCUGUUUUGGCUGGCAUUGCAUGUUAUGCUAAAACUUCCAGUCUAACAAAGGCAAAGGAAUUAGCAGAGCAGUCCCUGGGAUCUGGAUUAGAAUCCUUUGAGUUGGUUCAGUUUAAGGCAGCACUACGCUCCAAGACGGCUUUUCACAUACAUGCUGUGAAUAAUCAGGGAAGAAUUGUGCCUCUGGAUAAUGAAGAUAAUUUAUCCUUUGUGAAAACGGCUUGUAUGACUGUCUAUGACAUUCCUGACUUGCUGGGAGAAAGAGGAUGCUUAGGAUCUGUGGUCUUCUCAGAAUCAUUUUUGACAUCUCGGAUCUUGGUUAAAGAAAAGGAUGGCACUGUUACCACAGAGACCAGCUGCAUAGUCCUGACGGCCACCAUUCCCAGAUUCUGCUUCUGGCUGGUAGAAGAUGAUGAAGUAAAAUUGUCUGAGAAAACCCAGCAAGCAGUGAGGGAGGAUGAGUGUUUCCUGGGCACUUUCCUAGCAGGAGGAGAAGGAGCAUAUCUUUAUCCCAGCAAUCUACAGCCCUGGCCUGAGGAAGGGAAUGUGCUUUUCUUCUCCAGUGGCCUUUUGUUUUCUCACCGUCAUCAUGGAAAUAUCAUCAUUUCUAAGGAUCACAUGAAUUCUAUUUCUUUCUAUGAUGGGGAUUCCACCAGUAUUGUGGCUGCCCUUCUCAUCGACUUCAAAAGCUCAUUACUUCCUCACCUCCCAGUUCAUUUCCAUGGGUCAAGCAAUUUUCUGAUGAUUGCCCUUUUCCCAAAAUCAAAGAUAUAUCAAGCAUUUUACUCAGAGGUCUUCUCCCCCUGGCAACAGCAGGAUAACUCAGGGCUCCCUUUAAAAGUGAUCCAGGAAGAUGGAUUAUCUGUGGAACAAAAGAGAUUGCACUCCAGUGCACAGAAGCUCUUCGCUGUCCUGAGCCAUCCCACUGGGGAGAAGUGGAGUUCUUUAAAACUGCUCUUAGCCAAACUCCCAGAGUUGGACUGGUUUUGCCAGCAUUUUGCUGUCAGCAGCAUUAGUCAGGAGCCUGUGAUGCGGACCCAUCUCCCAGUCCUGCUGCGCCAAGUUGAAGUUAGCCCUUUGCAUGGAGUAGAGAAUAACAAGGUAAUUAUUAGCAUUGUAACCGGACUCCCAGGCUGUCAUGCUAGUGAGCUCUGUGCUUUUCUGGUCACUCUGCAUAAAGAAUAUGGCAGGUGGAUCGUUUACCGCCAAAUCAUGGAUAGCUCGGAAUGUUUUCAUGCUGCGCACUUUCAGAAAUACCUUUCCAGCGCUCUGGAGGCCCAACAGAACCGUUCUGCCCGCCAGUCAGCCUACAUCCGCAAGAAGACCAGACUGUUGGUGGUAUUACAAGGCUACACAGAUGUUAUUGAUGUUGUUCAGGCACUGCAGACCCAUCCAGAUGCAAAUGUCAAGUCUUCCUUCACCAUUGGUGCCAUUACAGUGUGCGUGGAUCCUCUAAGCUGCUACAUGGAACACAGAUUUCUCUUCCCGAAAUGUCUUGACCAGUGUUCACAAGGUCUGGUGAAUAAUGUCGUGUUCACGAGUCUCACCAUGGAGCAGAGGCACCCUCUCCUUGUUCAGCUGCAGAGCCUCUUCAGAGCUGCCAACCCUACUGCAGCCUUCAUUCUGGCAGAAAACGGGAUUAUUACCAGGAAUGAAGACAUUGAGCUGAUUCUCUCAGAAAAUAGCUUUUCAAGUUCUCAGAUGCUACGAUCUCGAUAUUUAAUGUACCCUGGCUGGUAUGAAGGUAAAUUCAGUGCUGGCUCAGUCUUUCCACUAAUGGUUCAGAUCUGUGUAUGGUUUGGUCGACCCUUGGAGAAGACUCGCUUUGUGGCCAAGUGUAAAGCAAUUCAGUCCUCCAUCAAGCCAAGCCCCUUCUCUGGAAACAUCUACCACAUCCUGGGCAAAGUAAAGUUUUCAGACUCUGAAAGGACAAUGGAGGUCUGCCACAACACUCUGGCCAAUUCCCUGAGCAUCGUGCCGGUUUUGGAGGGACCCAGGCCACCAUCAGACUCAAGAAGCAUCCCUCAAGACAGCAGCGGGCAGCAGGAGUGCUACCUUGUGUUCAUUGGCUGCUCCUUGAAGGAAGAUAGCCUCAAGGACUGGCUCCGGCAGUCAGCUAAGCAGAAGCCUCAGAGGAAAGCUCUGAAGACCAGGGGAAUGCUGACCCAGCAGGAGAUCAGGAACAUCCAUGUGAAACGCCACCUAGACCCCCUACCUGCAGGUUACUUCUACAAUGGCACCCAGUUUGUUAACUUCUUUGGGGAUAAGACUGAUUUUCACCCUCUCAUGGACCAGUUCAUGAAUGACUACGUGGAAGAAGCCAACCGGGAAAUUGAGAGAUACAACCGUGAGCUGGACCAGCAGGAGUACCAUGACCUCUUUGAGCAGAAGCCCUAGAGGAAGCUGGGCCCACAAGCCCACCAGAGAUGGACAGACGGUGUCUAAAUGUCUGAUUCCUGCUCUCCCAGUGGCCCCCCUGGAGGAGCUUGGUCCUCCCUGCCCCCAUGUGUUGGCUUGAGUGCAUGUUGUCUUUGUUCUCUCUGCAGCACUGAAGAACAUCACCUGCACCACUUUUGGGGGGAGGGGGGAGCCUGCCCUGUGUGUGUAGGCCAGGCCCUCUGGGCUUCUGGUAACAGUGCUUCCUUUGGGCGCUGGCCACAGGAUGAGGGUAGGGAGAAGCAUUGGGAUUACAUUGAGGAGCUCCCAGGAUUUACAAGGAACCCCCCAAACUGCAGCCAGGCCUGGGUGCCACCCACCCCAGACCUCAGAUGCCACCCCAGGUCAUCCCUCAUCCUCAGGAGUAUCUACUGCUCCUAAAGGAGCUGGCCCUGCUGGCCCUGGGCCCAGUCUGAGGGGAGUGGCACAAGCCCAGCCCCAGCCCAACCCAUAGAGCCAGGAGCUUGGGCCCAGAGCCACAGCAUGCUCUCCAUGAGGGGAUUCCCUUGUGGCACUCAACUGAGGGCAAGGCAUGAUGCUUUCCAGGAGUGUGUGGCUCUCAAGUUGACAUCAGCAGUCACCCUGUGAUUGGUUCUUGAGCUCUGCAGCAUCGCUUUGUGUCCCUAAUUCAGGGACAAGAGCAGGCCUGCUCCCCAAGCCCCUGGCACUCCUGUGCUUCCUUGUCAAAAGGAGCAUCCUACAACUGAUUAGUUAGAAGUAUCAGUCUCCAGCACUCAGCCUUGCCAGGGAAUACCUACUUCUCAGCCCCAAAGUUCAGGAAAUUCAUGGCUCCCAGCCAUCAUUCCUGGCCCUGGAUUUGUUUGGAUACUGAGAUCUAGCAUUUUCAAAGAACUCCAAUACCCAAGUUAGAAUUCCUUUCAGUGAUUUUGUUUUCACUGGACCAUAAAGCAGAGGAAAUUUAAAUUGUGUGCCAUGCCGGAUCUUCAUAAUUAGUUUGUGGGACAGGGGGUCACAGGCACUGAUAUGAUACUUAGGAGAUGUCCAUUAGGUUUUCAGCACCUCAGCUGCCUGGAUUGUAAAUGUUUUCUGAAUUUCACAUAUUUUUGCAUGCCUUAGGAAGAAGCACAUAGGUGAAACCAGCAUAGUUUCCUGUAAUGUAGAGGGGUUUUGAGAGAAGCCCCUGGUGCAGAGGAUUGCUCAAGUGGAGCACAGAGGCCUGAGUGCAAAUAGCAAGCAAGUAGCAAGAGCUUGUCAGUAAAAUAGACUUGUAUUAGAAAAAAAACUCUAUAUUUGAAGCAAAAUGAACAAAACUGCAAAUACCAUUGAAAGAGAAAUCUUGCAUUAAGAAAGGCUCCUGAUAUUCAGGCCCAUAUGCCCCAGUCCCAGCUCAGUGACACAGGUUCUGCUCUGGAGCCGAAGUCUGAGAGCCCCUGACUUCUGGCUGGCCAGAGUCCAGGACCCACAAAUGGGCAGCCUCUGCUUCAGAAUCAAUAACAUAGAUCAUAAGUGCAAUUGAUUAAUAAGCAAUGAGUUACUAUAGCUUCCUUUAGCUCUGCCGAGCUCUUUUUAAAAACUCAAACUUGAGCAGCCUUAAAAAAGGGAAAGGGGGGUGGGGGUUGGGGGCCCACAGGCCAUUUCAUUUCUUCCAGGGGUUGCUGUGAAGUUUUCAGUGGAAGCUCUAGAAGUAGGAGCUUGAGCCAUUUUCCUGACUGCCCUGGGCUGGCAGUCUGGCUGCUGCACAAAGGAGUUUUUAAAGAGGGGUCGGGUCCCGUGCACAAGAGCAGGCCUUCCCCCCAUGUAGGACUUCACUAUGUGGUGAUGUUGGUUUCUGACCAUUAUAUAUAGAAAUGCUCUCUCACCAACCUGCCCCACUGUCCCCAUUGCCCUCCUUGUAGAGGGAAAACUUCAAUUACCUCAACUUAAAUAUGAAACUGUGAUUGAAAAAAAGGUAAAACAAGUAUCAAAGCCAAAAAGGCAAAACUGGCUGAAGCCUCUACAGACGCUCCCCAGCCUGCUUGGGAGUGUAAAGGGGCUCACUUGUGAGAGGGCUUUCCUAGGCAUGUGCUGUGCCCCUGGUGAAGGGCACAGCGCAGUACACUGUGAGCUCUUUGAGGACUAGGGCCGGGAGUGCGUGGUCUCCCACACUGCUCCCCUGGAACCUGCAGCCUCUAGGUGUGGACUGUGCAGUUUUAUAUCCACUCUCUUUCUCUGGGCCCAGGAGCAAAGUCUUGGGCUGUCCCCAGAGGAAAGGCCACGACACUGUGUUUUAGCUUCUGAUCUUAGAAGUGGAUACCAGGGACCCAGCAAAGACAGGAGAGCAGUUUCCAGGGAUAGGCACAAGUCCACCAGGGGCUUACAUGCUUUUGCCACCUUUCCUAUUAACAGCUUCAGUUUUAUAUCACCAGAGUGAGUGUGAUAAUGGUGACUGAAUGGUUACUGAAGUUAUGGGUUACUUUGUUUUGAUGUGGGAGAUUCGUUUUUUGAUUGGAAAGAAGAGGCAGAAAUUGGAGACAAUGAUAUUACCCUAGGAAGGGGCCACGACCAAGGAAUCUGGUUGGCUCCACCAAGCCCUUGGGUGCCCUGACCUGAAGCCUAGGUCCUGGCCCUUCAGGUUGGGAUAAAAAGUUCCCUCCUAAAUUCUAUGAGGAUUUUGGAGAAUUUUUGCACAGUAAUAAAGCUCUGGGUUGCUCUUUGGGCUUCACAAAAGGGAAAAGUUCAACUCAAAGAUUGUAAACUAUUAAGUAUUUCAACAGUGAUGCUGAGUAGUCGAAUAGUUGUACCUCAAAAAGUAGGUGAGAAAUGGCUUCCUCCUUGUCCCAGGUGGUCAACUACUAAUGACAUAAGAGCUCACUUACGUGCCAAAAUUCACUUUUAUACUAGUUUUUCAGUGCUUUAAUAUUUGUAACUUAAAUUUUAAAACUCAUAUUUACAAACCCUACUGUAACUUCAGUGAAACCGAAUUGUGUGAUUGAAGCUUUUUGCUUAUUAUAGUAUUUAUUACACUACUUAAUUCAGUAAAUAUAUAAAGUAGCCUUCAAUUUAUUUUUAUAUUAUUUUACAUGGUUUUUUUUUUAACUGCAGUUGUGUAUGUGAAUUUACCUUGGUAAUUAAGAUGUAACCCUAAGGACCAAUAAACUAUCACUGAACAA